CAGUUGGUCCCACUUCGAAAGCUGACGUUUUAGAACACGUGGACGAAGCCUGCCUGUAAAUGUGGCUUACCUUUGUCAGUCUCACCAACACCUGAAACACAGCUGUUCCCUGGAGCUCUGUGCGGAGGGUGCAGGGACUGGACAGAGCCUGAACCAGAAGAGAAGAGUACAGAGCAGAGCCAUGAAUAUUGUCUUGGAUCUCCUCUUUCUUCUGAUCAUCAUCAUCUACUCCUACUUGGAAUCCUUGGUGAAGGUUUUCAUUCCCCGGAGGAGAAAAUCUGUAGCUGGGGAGAUUGUUCUCGUUACAGGAGCUGGGCAUGGAAUAGGCAGGAAGAUUGCCUAUGAAUUUGCAAAGCGGAAGAGCAGAUUGGUUCUGUGGGAUAUUAAUAAGCAUGGUCUUGAGGAAACUGCAGCUGAAUGCAAAAAACUAGGGGCCACGACACAUGCGUUUGUGGUAGACUGCAGUAACAGAGAGGAGAUUUACAACUCUGUAAACCAGGUAAAGAAAGAAGUGGGUGAUAUAACCAUCGUGGUGAAUAACGCUGGAACGAUAUAUCCAGCUGACCUUCUUAGUACAAAGGACGAAGAGAUUACCAAAACUUUUGAGGUCAACAUUCUAGGACACUUUUGGAUCACAAAAGCCCUUCUUCCAGCGAUGAUGAGCAGAAACCAUGGCCACGUUGUCACGGUGGCUUCACUGUGUGGUCACGGAGUGAUUCCUUAUCUUAUUCCAUAUUGUUCCAGCAAAUUUGCGGCUGUUGGCUUCCACAGAGCUCUGACAGCAGAACUUGAAGCCGUGGGGAAAACUGGUAUCAAAACCUCGUGCCUCUGCCCGGUUUUUGUGAACACCGGGUUCACCAAAAACCCAAGCACCAGACUAUGGCCUAUACUGGAGACAGAUGAAGUUGCAAGAAGCUUGAUAGAUGGAAUACUUACCAAUAAGAAAAUGAUUUUUGUUCCAUCCUAUCUCAAUAUCUCUCUAACACUAGAGAGUGUCAGAGAGGACUGAUGGAAGCGCACAUCCAAUUGCUGUUUCUGAUCUUGAAAGGAAAGUAGUCAGUCUUUCGCAACUAAGGAUGACAUCAGCUGUAGAUUUUUUUUUCAUUUCUUCUUUAUCAGGUUGAGGAAGUUCCCUUCCUUUACUACUUCGAUGAGAGUAUUCAUCAAGUAGAUAUAAUUUGGGCAAAUGAUUUUACUGAAUAUACUAAGACGAUCUUGGGCUUUUUCCAUUUUAGCUUGUUAAUAUGGUGAAUUACACUGACACAUUUUAAAGAUUAAACCAACUCUGCAUUGUAAUGUCUUUGAUUUUUGUGUCAAGAUAGCUCAUAAACUAAGUUGGAAAGUAUUCUCUCCUCUUCUCUUUUCUGGAAUAACUUGGGUCAAGUAGGUAUUAUUUCUUCCCUAAACAUUUUAGAGAAUUCGCCAGUGAAGCCAUCUGAGCCUGUGGUUUAGCUUCUUAGCCAAACAAUAAUGUCCUCAAAGGCAGUAGCUAUUUAUUUCUGAAGUACUUUAGUCUACCUUAUUAUAGAAGGGUAUGGGAUUAUGCUGGAUAUGCCUUCUGUAAUAUGGAGUAAAAACUCUAUAAAUGGAGUAGAAACUCAAGGAGAGGUGGAGAGACGGGUGGAAUGGAUCCUGGUGGUGUUAAUCUAUGAACUCUUAGCAUCAGGAGUCAUUGACAAUUUUAGCAAUAAAUCCAGACUUUUAGUUUUAGAUCUUCAUUCGUCUAUGAUUUCGUGCAAGAGUUUACUAAUACGACAUGAAAAGGUGCCAACAGUGGUAUCUAUCAGUACCUUAUGUUUGCAUACUAUUUGCACUGUGAGUGUUAAAAGAGGCCCACUGAAAAAGAGAGAGGCAGAUGUAAAGGAAGCGCAGAAUAAAAUUAAAUGCAAACCAGAUAAUUCUCAGGGUAUAACCACAAACAAGAACUCUGAUGUCAAAUGUUUCAAAUCAAAAUUUUUUCAUCUUUUUUUCCUCAGAUUUCUUCCUGAACGUGCCUUGGCAGCUAUAAAUCGUGUGCAGAAUAUUCAGUUUGAAGCAGUGGUUGGCCACAAAACCAAAAUGAACUGAAUUAGAUGAGCUCUGGGCCGAGAUGUAUGCACCUUAAUGAUGUGGAACUAAAUUUAGAGUCAAUUCUCCAAAGCUUGAUUUCACAUUUUUCAGUGCCGUUACUAUUAAAAACACAGCAAGAGUCAAAUGAACAAGACUAAUUAUCUGUCUUUCUCUUUCUUUUUUUUUUAGGACCACACCCUCAGCACAUGGAAGUUCACACCACAGCCACAGCCACAACCACGCCAGAUUCUUAACCCAGUGAGCAAGGCCAGGGAUGGAACCCACACACUCACGAAUACUGGUCGGGUUCUUAACCCCUGAGCCACAACGGAACUGCUGUCUUUCCCUUUCUCAAGAUGAUUAUGUGGCUUUAACUGGGCUUACAUAAACAUACUUAAAAGGUCAUUUUUCCAUAAGAUGUUUCUUUUCUUUCCAUUUAAAGGUAGGCAUAGCUACCUCUCUGAGAGUAAAUACAAUAAGAACUUAUUUGCACAGUGGAGUUUUCAGACUGUUCUUAGAAUAGCCUUCUAAUCUGUAGUCAAGCCACAGAAUGUCAGCAAGUACACAGUGUGAGAUAGCAGAGAUGAGGUUUAAGCAGGCACCUUGGCACCAAAAGACAGAUUACUCUUAUGAAAUUCAACAUCUGGACACUUUCUCUAGCUUCUCCCUUGUUCAUCAGCUCCAAACGGUGCAAUAGUAUCUGGGCCUUUCUCACCUGACUCUGUCUCUUGAAUGGCUCUUACAGCCACCAGGAGAGGGCCUGCCCUCUUCAUAAUCUCUUAAAAUUCUAUGACAUUCCUAAGGUAAUCUUUCUUGAAUAUUGAAUUUGAAUCUGAAAUUUUAGCCUUAUGAUAACCUCUUUCUUUGUAGUUUAUGCUCUCAUACAUCAUCGGUGCCGGAGAUGUUUAGACAGUUUUGAGUUUCAAAAGCAAAUACUAACACAGGAAAAGGAAGGAGGCUGGCUACCCAAGAGCGUACAGUGGACCAUGAGAUGGAGAGGAAAACAGAGUGAUCUUUCUCUUUUUUUCAAUGGAAAGAAGACUCUGACUCCCACUAUAUCAAGACUAAUCUUGCUUUUCUGGGUUUUUCACAUGGGUCACAGAGGGCUUUUGCAUCCGCUAUCCUCCUGUUUUAUCCUCAUUAAAAACAAAUGAUUAUAACCAAAUUAUUAAUAAAAACAAUUUUUAAAGAACAAA